GGGGGCGGGGAGCGGCAGCGGCCAGACGCACCGGCUGCGGGGCGCGCGGGCCGGCGCUUCCUGAAGCAGUCUCCACCUCCGCAGCCUGGGCGGGAGCGGUGAGCGGCGACCGCGGGCAGCCAGGGCUGCCUCGGAAGAAAGGAGAAUGGCGUUCAGCAAAGGAUUUCGGAUCUAUCACAAAUUGGAUCCUCCACCUUUCAGCCUCAUAGUGGAAACUAGGCAUAAGGAAGAAUGUCUCAUGUUCGAAUCUGGGGCUGUAGCUGUGCUCUCAUCAGCAGAAAAAGAAGCAAUCAAGAGUACAUACUCCAAAGUUCUCGAUGCCUAUGGACUUUUAGGUGUUUUACGAUUAAAUCUUGGUGAUAUUAUGUUACAUUAUCUGGUCCUUGUCACUGGAUGUAUGUCUGUUGGAAAAAUUCAAGAAUCUGAAGUUUUCCGAGUUACUUCCACUGAAUUUAUAUCACUACGAAUCGAUUCUUCAGAUGAGGAUCGCGUUUCAGAAGUGCGAAAAGUGUUGAAUUCAGGAAACUUCUAUUUCGCAUGGUCUGCAUCUGGAGUCAGUUUGGAUCUGAGUCUUAAUGCCCAUCGUAGCAUGCAAGAACAUACAACCGAUAAUAGAUUUUUCUGGAAUCAGUCUUUGCACUUGCAUCUCAAGCACUAUGGUGUGAAUUGCGAUGACUGGUUAUUACGCCUCAUGUGUGGCGGAGUAGAAGUCAGAACAAUUUAUGCUGCUCAUAAACAGGCAAAGGCUUGCCUCGUUUCCAGGCUAAGCUGUGAACGAGCUGGGACCAGGUUCAAUGUCCGGGGAACAAAUGAUGAUGGUCACGUCGCCAAUUUUGUAGAAACAGAACAGGUUGUGUACUUAGAUGACUGUGUUUCUUCCUUCAUACAAAUCCGGGGGUCUGUCCCAUUGUUCUGGGAGCAACCAGGGUUGCAGGUGGGAUCUCAUCGUGUUCGUAUGUCAAGGGGGUUUGAAGCCAAUGCACCUGCUUUUGACAGGCAUUUUAGAACACUUAAGAAUUUAUAUGGUAAACAAAUAAUAGUAAAUUUGCUUGGAUCUAAGGAAGGGGAACAUAUGCUAAGUAAGGCUUUCCAGAGUCAUUUGAAAGCUUCUGAACAUGCAGCUGACAUCCAGAUGGUGAAUUUUGACUAUCAUCAAAUGGUUAAAGGAGGAAAGGCAGAAAAAUUACAUAGUGUUCUUAAACCUCAAGUCCAGAAGUUUCUGGAUUAUGGAUUUUUUUAUUUCAAUGGAAGUGAAGUUCAAAGAUGCCAGAGUGGUACAGUUCGAACAAACUGCUUGGAUUGUCUUGACAGAACAAAUAGUGUGCAGGCAUUCCUUGGCUUAGAGAUGCUAACUAAACAAUUGGAAGCUCUCGGCUUAGCUGAAAAGCCUCAGCUGGUGACUCGCUUCCAAGAAGUUUUUCGGUCAAUGUGGUCUGUGAAUGGUGAUUCAAUCAGUAAGAUUUAUGCAGGAACUGGAGCUCUUGAAGGAAAGGCUAAGGCUGGAAAGUUAAAAGAUGGUGCUCGUUCUGUUAGUAGAACAAUUCAGAAUAACUUCUUUGACAGCUCCAAGCAAGAGGCCAUUGAUGUUUUGCUACUGGGAAAUACUUUAAAUAGUGAUUUAGCUGACAAAGCUCGAGCCCUUUUAACUACUGGAAGUUUGCGUGCAUCUUCUAAAGUUCUAAAGAGCCUGUGUGAGAAUUUCUACAAGUAUUCAAAGCCCAAGAAAAUUCGAGUAUGUGUGGGCACCUGGAAUGUGAAUGGCGGGAAGCAGUUUCGCAGCAUAGCUUUUAAGAAUCAGACGCUCACUGACUGGCUUCUCGAUGCACCCAAGUUAGCUGGCAUCCAGGAGUUUCAAGAUAAAAGAAGUAAACCAACUGAUAUAUUUGCCAUUGGUUUUGAGGAAAUGGUAGAGUUGAAUGCUGGAAACAUUGUGAGUGCAAGCACAACAAAUCAGAAGCUCUGGGCCGUGGAACUUCAGAAGACCAUCUCCAGAGACAACAAGUAUGUGCUGCUAGCCUCCGAGCAGUUGGUGGGCGUCUGUCUGUUUGUUUUUAUCAGACCACAGCAUGCUCCGUUCAUCAGGGAUGUUGCAGUUGAUACUGUGAAGACGGGAAUGGGAGGCGCAACUGGAAAUAAGGGAGCAGUCGCAAUACGAAUGCUGUUCCACACCACAAGCCUCUGCUUCGUCUGCAGCCACUUUGCUGCAGGACAAUCGCAGGUCAAAGAACGAAAUGAAGAUUUUGUGGAAAUAGCGCGGAAGUUGAGUUUUCCAAUGGGGAGGAUGCUGUUCUCCCAUGACUACGUAUUUUGGUGUGGUGAUUUCAACUACCGAAUCGAUCUUCCUAAUGAAGAAGUGAAAGAGCUCAUAAGACAGCAAAAUUGGGAUUCUCUUAUAGCAGGAGAUCAGCUUAUCAACCAGAAAAAUGCUGGACAGAUUUUUAGAGGAUUUUUAGAAGGAAAAGUAACCUUUGCUCCAACAUAUAAAUAUGAUUUGUUUUCUGAUGACUACGACACCAGUGAAAAGUGCCGCACCCCUGCAUGGACAGACCGUGUCCUCUGGAGAAGAAGGAAAUGGCCUUUUGAUAGAUCAGCUGAAGAUUUAGAUCUCCUAAAUGCUAGUUUUCAAGAUGGAAGCAAAAUCCUCUACACGUGGACUCCUGGCACUUUGCUGCACUACGGAAGGGCCGAGCUGAAGACUUCUGACCAUAGGCCUGUCGUUGCCCUGAUUGACAUCGAUAUAUUUGAAGUGGAAGCUGAAGAGAGGCAAAACAUUUAUAAAGAAGUAAUUGCCGUUCAGGGUCCCCCAGAUGGUACGGUGUUGGUCUCCAUCAAAAGUUCUCUACCAGAAAAUAAUUUUUUCGAUGAUGCUUUGAUUGAUGAGCUUCUGCAACAGUUUACAAAUUUUGGUGAAGUUAUACUCAUAAGAUUUGUAGAAGAUAAAAUGUGGGUUACAUUUUUGGAGGGAAGCUCUGCCUUGAGUGUUCUGAGCCUGAAUGGUAAAGAGUUAUUGGGUCGGACUAUAACUAUUACUUUAAAGAGUCCAGACUGGAUCAAAACUUUGGAAGAAGAAAUGAGUUUAGAGAAAAUCAGCGUCCCCUUGCCGUCCUCAACAAGCUCCACCCUGCUGGGUGAAGACGCGGAGGUUGCGGCCGACUUCGAUAUGGAAGGUGAUGUUGAUGACUACAGCGCUGAGGUAGAGGAAAUCCUUCCUCAGCAUCUCCAGCCAUCUUCCAGUUCUGGCCUUGGCACUUCACCAAGUUCUUCACCCCGGACCAGUCCCUGCCAGUCACCUACCAUAUCAGAGGGGCCUGUGCCUUCCCUUCCUGUGAGACCAAGUCGAGCUCCAUCAAGAACACCCGGGCACCCAGCUUCACAAAGUUCUCCUGUUGACACUCAGCCCCUGGAGCCCAAGCGGCCCCCCCCUCCCCGCCCGGCUGCUCCUCCUGCGCGUCCAGCCCCCCCACAAAGACCGCCUCCGCCUGCAGGGGCUAGGAGUCCUGCACCUGCUAGAAAAGAAUUUGGAGCACCCAAAAGCCCUGGAACGACACGGAAAGAUAAUAUAGGACGCAAUCAGCCUUCACCUCAAACAGGACUCACAGGCCCAGGACCUGCUGGAUACAGUACAGCCAGACCGAUUAUUCCACCCCGUGCCGGGGUGAUCAGCGCCCCCCAGAGCCAUGCUCGGGUGUCUGCUGGAAGACUGACUCCUGAAAGCCAAAGCAAACCAUCAGAAGUACUGAAAGGGCCGGCUCUUCUUCCUGAACCACUGAAGCCUCAGGCCGCCCCUCCUGUGCAGCCUUCUCUGGCCCCGCCGGUUCAGCAGAUGCGGGAGCCUCUUGUCCCGGUGGCCACACCUAUGCCUCAGUCUGCCCCGCAGCCGCCCCCUCGGAGCAGGUCGUCCCACAGCUUGCCUUCUGAGCCUUCAGUGCAGCCGCAGGUAAAAACAAACGGGGUCUCCGCCAUCAGACUGGACUCGCCAUUAAAGACCGACCCAUUUGAAGACCUGUCAUUGAACCUGCUUGCUGUAUCAAAGGCUCAGCCAUCUGUUCAAACCCCAAACCCAAAGGGGUUGAUUCCAUUGCCUUCUGCAACCCCAAGUAACAUGAAUACUUUGAGUUCUGUAAGCUGCAUGCCGACAAUACCUCCAAUUCCAGCCCGGAGUAAAUCCCAGGAAAACACGCGAUGUUCUCCAAACCCAUUCACUGAGAGCUCGAGCAGCACAAAUCCUUUCACCGACAGGACUGCCGCUCCCAGAAACCCCUUUAGAGCUGAAUCUCAAGAAUCAGAGGCCACUUCGUGGUUCUCCAAAGAAGAGCCCCUUGCUCAGAGUCCUUUCCCUUCUCUGCAGCCUCUCAGACAGAACAGUAGCAAGCCUUCAUCUUCACUGGAUGGCUUUGAGGACAGUUUUGGUCCGCAGGGCCCACCUACACUAAAAAGCAGCAACCCAAAAGGAUGGGUAACCUUCGAGGAAGAAGAGGACUUCGGUGUGACAGGAAAGUCAAGGCCCGCUUGUCCAGACCUACUGGGUCAUCAGCCGAGUUCGUCUUCUGGCUCCAAGAAUGAUCUCACUAGGGAACCAGAAUCGACCACCGUUCCACACCCACCCCCGUGUGACACGCACACCGCGCACACCCUUGUUACCUGCCACUGCAGCACGUGCGCCGGCUUUUCCGGGGGAGGAGCUUCUUGCAGCCGGAAGCGGCGUAGUGUGUGGUUACAGUCGGUCACGUGGACCGACACCCUGGCCCUUUCAAAAAAGCACGCUGGCCCAGAAAGUCGGGAAAGCACGUUCCACCAAGCUCAGUGAAAAGCGUUAGAGCUCAACGUACGCGAAGGCGUCCGCUGCCCAUGGCCCUUGCGCGCUUCUCUUGCCGCCUCCGCUCUGGAAGUGGUGAGCGGGCCACAGGCGCCGCCCGGGGCGGAACUGGGAUCUACUCCUUGUGUGUUCUCUCCCUCUCACGAACUACACGACACAUCUGUGAUGCUGCUUUACGUUUGUAGAGGCUACACCUCAAAUUAGCUGUGGAUUUUGUCUCCUGCACUGCCAAUAUGCAGCUGAUCCUGCUUUAAUUUUAUGAAGACGUACACAGAAUGUAUACAGAAUGUAGUAUUUUGAUACCAUUGAGUAAUCCUAAUCAGAAAACUCCUUGAGCAAUAGUUGUUUUGUUGUCAGUUUAAGAUUACCUUUACCCAUUAUAUUAACGUUCCUUUUAUACAAAGAGUUGUAUAUGUCGACCUAAAUUCCGUUGUCUGCAUUUAACCUUUAAAGAUGUGCAUUAGCGGAAUAUCAGAAAAAAGAGUUCCUGGCUAAGAAUACGUAAAAUGUAAAAGCACAGCAAACUGCAUCGCACUUAACCGCAUAAAGCGAAUCUGUUAGGAGAAAAGCACUUUUCUAAAUACUCAAAUGUUAUCAGAAUACUAUGUUUAUAAAAGUAACCCUCUCUCUAUUAACAGCCAGGAUUUGCUGUUAGAAAUAACUCGUGAGUUUUAUAUUGUGCUUUUUUGGGGGGUUCUAAUCAUUUCAGCAGUAGUAUAUUUUAAACAGCAGUAUUACUAUAGGCAGUGUGCUUCAAAAUGUGAAUUAACUUGUUGAAACUGUGGCUUUAACAAAUCUAUGUGAUUAGUAUAUAUGGUAUUCAAUAUUUGCUCUCUAUUAGCAAAAUAAUUCAUUAUAAACUUCACUAGUGCAGAUUGCAGUUCUGUGAGCAAUGUUUCCUAUUGAAUAUAAACUACUGUCUAAAAUAUACAUAUCAUGUAGCAGCUCAGCCUUUAUCAGCAAAUUCUACUUGGCAAGUUGCUGAAAAAGUGCACAAAGUUAUGAAAGUUAAAGGUCUGCUGCAAAUAACUAGCCACUAUUCUGUGUAUUGUUAAAGUAUUUACCAGUUCUGUUAAAAGCAGAGCAGAAGCUAGACACAGGAUCUCUUUGUGAAUUCUUCAUUCUCUAUAGUAGAUUGCUGUUUAUAUGUAAGAAUUUUAUUGCUUAUGUGGCAUACAGUAUUUAUAACUAUAUACUUUAUAGAAGUACAGUAUUAAAGUCAGUGGUAUGUAAACACUCUGUACAUAUCCUGUGAAAUGUGCUCUCAUAUGAAAUAAAUAUACCUGUCUUUACCA